AUGAGUAUAUACAAUGUGAAAUUUAUUUUUUUUCCAAAUUUAAAAAAUAAUUUUGUUAAAAUUCAAAAACAAUAUGGUGGUACCUCAUUACUAACAAAAAUAGGGCAAUCCUUUAAUCAAGAAAAUAUAAAAAAUAUAAAAACAAAAUUAAAUAAUUAUCAAAAAAAUUCAUUAAAUAUAUUAUCGAAAUCUAAUGAUACUAAUAUAUUUAAAAAUUUUAUAGAUAUAUUUAAAAAUAAUAAUAUUAAAGACAAAUUAAAAUUAGGAGAUGAUACAGAAAAAAAGGAAAAAGAAUUUUUUAAUUAUUAUAUAAAAUGUUUAAUGAAAUAUGAAGGUAUUUUUACAUAUAGAAAAUUUAAAUUUUUUUUAAAAGAUUUAUGUGAUUAUUUUAAAAUAUAUAGUAUCACAUUUAAAUAUAAAAAAAAAAUGAAUCCACAACUUGAAAAAUUAAAAAAACAAUAUGAAGUUUUAAAUUCAUUUUUACCUCAUGAAUUAGAUUCAGAUGAUUAUAAAAUAUUCCAUUUAGAAAGCAAAAAACAUUUAGCAGCUUCUGCUAAUGUUGAUUUAAAUUUUAUUAAUGAAUUGCUUUUAUUUCAUGAUUCUUUAAAAACAGAUAGAACAUGGUUUUAUCGAAAAAUUGUAUUCAAAAGAAAACUUCCCGAAAGUUUUGAAGAAAGAGAAAUUGAAGCACCAUAUGAUAGACCCGUAAUCAAAAAUUUUAGUUACGGAAUUAAAGAAUCUUCAUUAGAAUAUGAACAAUAUAUGAAUAAAAAUGGAAGAAAAUUAAAAUUUAAAAGAUGGAUUUCUAAAAAACAUCCAUGGUUUAGACAAAACACAUCAGGAAAAAAUAGAUGGGCUACUAGACCAUAUACAAAAAAAUUCCCAUAUUUAUAUUAUUCAAAUAUACCUAAAUACAUGUAUCUCUCUAGAAACAAACCUAGAAUUAAAAAAUAA